AUGACAAGCGAUACUCAAGUUCCCCCUUAUAUGACGUUGAACAAUGGACAGAAGGUAUCGUCCAUUGCUCUCGGCUGCUACAACCCUGACGAUCCGCCAGGUAUCGUACACGGUAUCGAAGCUGCUGUCAAGGUCGGAUACACGCAUUUUGACGAUGCUGCGUUAUAUAAGAAUGAGAAAGAAGUUGGCGAUGCAUUGCGUGCGAGUGGCAUUCCACGUGAAAAACUUUUCGUAACUACCAAGAUUUGGAACUUUGAUCAUCGUAAUGUAGAAGCGGCUUUCGACAGGUCGUUCGACGCUCUCAAUCUCGGUUACAUUGACAUGUACUUGCUUCACUGGCCACAGGCAAAUGUACCGGGGGAGAAACAUAUUGUGGAUGAUUCAAUUAGUUUCGUUGAUACUUGGAAGGCUAUGGAGAAGCUCCUCGAAACACGGGCCGGCAAAGUCAAAGGCAUCGGUGUCAGUAACUUCAGUCUAAAGAAUCUCACGGAGCUCUUGAAGCAUGCGAAGGUGGUGCCUGCAAUGAACCAGGUCGAGACACAUCCAUACAAUCAGGAGUCUGAUCUAGUCAAGUUUUGCCAAGAAAAGGGCAUUCUUGUCACGGCGUACUCGCCGUUGGGUCUCACCAACUCGCCGAUUCUCAAAGAUGAAGAUGUUAUUGCGAUUUCCAAAGAGAUCGGAAACGGUGUUACGCCAGCAAAUGUUGUGCUUAACUGGAAUGUGCAACGUGGUGUGGCUGUGCUCCCAAAGAGCAUCAAUGCUGAUCGUGUGAAGGAGAACUUCCGCAUUGUGCAUCUGACAGACGAACAAAUGCAGCGCCUGAACGACAUUAGCAAGGAUCCGAAGCGCCGCUUCCAGCGCACUUGUCCCGUCUACAAUGAGGAUACAAAGAAGGUGUUGGGCUGGACGUACGAUCAGCUUGGUUGGGAUAAACCGAUCCAGAUGACUCAGGCCUGA